UUAGAAGGUGAGUUCCAUGAUUGAAGGAGGAUAGAAAACCAACAAAGAAUCUGGCUUUACAACACACAAUAAGGGACAUCAUCAUCUUUAAUUAUUGUAACUAUCUUUGUUGUUUGAUGCCAAAAGGGUUUGAAUUCUGGAUCCCAUAGGAAGCAUGCAAUAUGGCUUUCCACCUUACCUUUAGAUCACAAUCAGUGCCAAAUCCAGGCCAAGGACCACCUUUAGUGGAGAGAAUAUCAGAGGAGCCUUUGGCUUUGCCAAACAAAAGUGCUCAAAGCACAGUGACAUGCAUCUACCAAGCCAAUGUUGCAGGGUGUUGGAGAAACGUGUCAGUGUUGUGGUGCAAAAACCUCAUGAACCACACGCUAAACCUCAAGGUUGAUAGCACAGGAGGUGAGUUCAGUUACACUUGCAAGAUAGAUAUGAAGCCUUGGUACUUCUGGAACAAAAAAGGGUACAAAUCUUUUGAGGUUGAUGGGCACCAGGUGGAAGUGUAUUGGGACCUUCGGUCGGCGAGAUUCUCCAGCGGCGGCCCCGAGCCGGUCAGCGAUUACUACGUGGCAAUGGUGUCAGAGGAAGAUGUUGCGUUGCUGCUGGGGGAUUACAAGAAGAAGGCGUACAAGAGAAUGAAGAUGAGGCCAAGCAUUGUUGAGGCAAUGUUGUUGGUGAAGAGAGAAAGUGUGUUUGCCAAGAAAAGUUUUGCAACCAAGGCCAGGUUUGAUGAGAAGAGAAAAGAGAGUGAGAUUGUGGUGGAGAGCUCAACGUUUGGGAACAAAGAGCCUGAGAUGUGGAUCAGCAUUGAUGGGAUUGUGUUGAUUCAUGUCAAGAACUUGCAGUGGAAGUUCAGGGGAAACCAAACAGUUAUGGUCAACAUGCAACCUGUGCAAGUGUUUUGGGAUGUGCAUGACUGGUUGUUUAGUGUUCCUGGCUCAGGGCCUGGGCUUUUCAUUUUCAAGCCAGGGCCUGUGGAGGCUGAGACUGAAAGAGAGGAGAGACUCAAUGAGGGUUGUGACAGUGAUAAUGGUAGUUGUGCCAGUGGCUAUUAUUCAACUCUCAGCUAUGCUCCCUCUGAGUCUUGUCUUGUGCUUUAUGCCUACAAACUUGAGUGAUGCAAUUACAGGGAAGACACCAAAUGUGUAAAUGUAAGACUGGAAUGGGGGCAAAUUGUAGCAAGAAUUUAAA